AUGUCGCCUUUUAAGGCACUAUAUGGGCGCGAGCCGCUGAGCUUGAUAUUUGACCCACCGUCGUUGGCAACGCCCCCGUCUGUGGCAGAUCUGAUUCGCCAGUGGGGGGAACUAUUGGUGGAGCUGCGGGGAAACUUGGAGCGAGCACAACAGAGGAUACGCGAGUCUGUCAACAAACACCGUCGUCAUGUGGAGUUUGUGGUGGGCGAUCGUGUGUUAUUGAAGUUACAGCCUUACUGCGAGCAUUCGAUGGCGCGUCCUCUAUCUGCAAAGUUGGCACGUCGCUUCUACGGACCGUUCGAGGUAUUGGAGCGGAAGGGGUUGUCGAGCAGGGUGCAAGUUUGCCAAUUGAAUUUUGCGGGGAUAAGCCGCUGGACAGUUCGCGUAUUGGAUCGUCGUAUGUUGUGGCACGAUAGGGAGUCGAAGGAGCAUGUGCUAGUUAGGUGGUCGGACGGCACUGAUUCUCCAUUGUGGGAGCCGCUGGAGGUGGUGCGUCGCCGGUUUCCGAACGUGUUCCUUGAGGACAAAGAGGUUGCUAUGGAAGGGGGAGUUGAUACGGUGCAACCCCCACAGGAGCAGGCGGAGGCAGCGGAGCCGCCACAAGAGCAGGUUCAGCCGGAGGAGCUAAGUGGCCCGAUUCCAUCAAAUCUAUCCCUAUGCUCACAGCUACAGGUGGUGUCCCUCUCUAAAAACUCUUUUAAUGGACAGAUACCUGCAGAAGUCGGCUACUUAACAUCUCUUCAAGUAUUAUUCCUCGGUUCUAACAAUUUGAAGGGUACACUACCUCCUGAGAUUGGCAAUCUUCACAGUCUAGUUCGUUUUAGUGUUAAAAUAAAUAAGAUUGGUGGUACUUUGGCCUCAAAAUAUUUCGUGAAUAUGUCUUCUCUUCAAGAAUUAACACUAUGCCGCAACAAUUUCACUGGGAAUCUUUCAAGGGAUUUUGGGAAUCUUACAAUGCUAACAGCGUUUGAUAUUGGCGAAAACUACAUGACAGGGAUUAUUCCUACUGAAUUUGGCCAACUUCGCCAACUGAAGAGAUUAGCGUUAGGGUUGAACAACUUCAGUGGAACUAUUCCACAUGAGUUCUUUAACAUUUCUACUCUUCAAGGCCUUGAACUUAUUCAGAAUGCUAUGUUUGGAGUUCUUCCAACCAAUUUAUGCAAUACAUCUCCCUCUCUCAAAGACCUUUACCUUGGCAUGAAUUCAAUCUCUGGACCAAUACCAAACUCUAUAUCUAAUUGCUCUCAACUCAGGAUCCUCUCACUUGGUGAUAACAUAUUCAGUGGUUAUAUACCUAUGGAUCUCGGCAACCUAAGACUUCUCAAAAUUCUUCAUUUGUUCAGAAACAAUCUUACAAAUCCACCAUCUUCUUCAAACUUGGGCUUCAUUACAUCUUUGUCCAAUUACAAGUCUUUAACUUAUUUGUCUAUUUCAGAUAAUCCUUUAUACGGCGUCAUUCCAGCUUCUGUCGGGAAUUUAUCUUCCUCACUCGGACGAUUCUCUGCCGGCCGUUGCAAAUUAAACGGUAGCAUUCCUGUUCAAAUAGGAAAUUUAAACAGCUUGACGGACUUGGAUUUAGAGGGCAAUGAGUUAUCCGGUAAUAUUCCCGUCUCCAUCGAACAUAUGCAUAAGCUUCAAGGAUUAUAUCUUGGUUAUAACUUAUUGCAAGGCCCCAUUCUAAAGGUUGUAUGUUAUUUAUACAACCUCAAUUUAAUAAAUAUUGGCCAAAAUCAGUUUUCAGGAUCAAUUCCUAAAUGUUUGGGAAACAUUUCUUCUUUAAGACAUAUUUAUAUGUACUCUUCUAACAUGUUCAAUUCAAGCAUACCAUCAAGCUUAUGGGAUCUGCAAGAUUUGUUGAAUCUUAACUUGUCCUCAAAUUCAUUGAGUGGGUUUUUACCUCAAAAAAUGAGUAACUUAGGAGCAGCAAUCUCUAUUGAUCUAUCUAUGAAUCAGUUGUCCGGGUCUAUUCCCAGCACUAUUGGAAAGCUACAGAAUUUGGCUAAUCUGUAUUUAGCAAAUAACAGACUCGAAGGUUCUAUUCCAGUUUCCAUGGGAAGCAUGAUAAGUUUGGUGAGACUUAACUUGUCCCAUAACAACCUCUCUGGUUCAAUCCCAAAGUCUUUGGAAGCACUUCAACACCUCAACUACUUUGAUGUCUCUUUCAAUACUUUGAGUGGAGAAAUUCCCAGUGGUGGUCCUUUCAGAAACCUUACUAUGGAUUCUUUUAAGGACAACGAGGCAUUGUGUGGAAUUCAGAGGUUCCAUGUCCCAAUAUGCCCUGAUGUUUCAAAUCACAGAUCCAAGUGGAAAAAGAAGGAACAAGGUUCAUUUAUUGCUUUUGGUGUUGUGGCUUUCAUUUCAAUCGUUUCUCUAGCUUUUAUCUUUGAUGAGAUGAUAUCCAUUGUGCCAGAAAGAAUCUCUUAUUAUGAGCUUCUACAAGGAACUGAACAAUUUAGUGAGAGCAGUCUGCUUGGCACGGGGAGUUCUUGCUGUGUGUACAAAGGAAUCCUUAACCAUGGGAAGGUUGUCGAUGUCAAGGUGUUUAAUCUUCAGUUAGAAGGCAUUUCAUCGAGAUUUGAUGUCGAAUGUGAGAUUCUUAGUAGCAUUCGACACGGGUGUCUGAACAGUGUCAUAAGUUAUUGUUCAAAUGAGGCAUUAGUACUUGAAUGUAUGCCCAAUGGAAACCUUGAGAAAUGUGACUUGAAGCCAAGUAAUGUCUUGUUAGACAAAGAUAUGGUUGCUCGUGUAAGCGAUUUUGGGAUAGCAAAGUUGCUAUGCGAUGGAGAUAGCAUGGUCUUAACCAACACCCUAGGCACAUUGGGUUACAUUGCUCUCCAGAGUAUGGUUAAGAAGGACUAG